AUGAUGGGCACCUCGAGCACUAUAGUGCAUGGCCAUCUCAGCGAUCUCAAGUUGCGCAACGCUACUGUCGCUUGUCCUUACCUAGCCUCCUCUUCCAGUUCGUCCGCUGGACAUCAGAGCAAGGACAGCAAUGCCAAAUUUGAUAGGUUCCCUGGCUUGGGCUAUAAGCUGACUCCUACUGAGGAGCGGCUGCGUGCCAAGCGUAAUUGGGGCUUCCUCGAGAAGGCAUAUGAUAACACCAAAGUGAUGGGACUCACCACCCAUUUCGUCACUAUCACCAUGGCCAUCCUCUUUAACAAGUCUUGGCUGGCCAAGCCAGUUUACGAUUGGCUCAACACUUACGAUCGGUUUACCAUCCACACGGUCCAUACUUGGAUCCUGACAUCGUUCAGUCAAAUGACACUGGUAGCGAUCUUUGCCUUCUGCGACUUGACUGGUCGACCUUCGUGGCUGGCAAAGUACCGCAUCCAGCCGCACAAGCCGCCAACGCUGGACCAGUACAAGAAACUGAUCCCAGUGAUCCUCUUUAAUCUCUUCGUAGUCAACACCAUCUCGAACCUCAUCUACUUCCCUCUUGCGGAAUGGAGAGGAAUUCAGACCACCUACGAGACGCUGCCUUCUGGCAAAUUGCUUGUGGGUCAGUGGCUCGUCUGUCUCUUGGCCGAGGAGAUUGGCUUCUACGCUGUCCAUCGAGCACUUCACCACCCACGUAUCUACAAGCACAUCCAUAAGAAGCAUCACGAGUUCACUGCACCCAUCGCAGGCGCCUCUACAUACGCACAUCCCCUCGAACACUACUUUAGCAACCUUCUGCCCAUCUUGAUCGGCCUUCUCAUCACGCGAUCGCAUCUCAGUGUUCAGUACCUUUUCUUCCAUGGUUUGAUGAUUGGCUCUCACGUUCAGCACAGCGGAUACAAUAUUCCUUUCUUGACCUGCGCACUGGUGCACGACUGGCACCACUACUUUUACACCGAGAACUACGGCCCAGUAGGCUUGCUCGAUGCCAUCUUUAAGACGAACAAAGUCUUUAAGGCGUGGACCAGUGAGACUGUCUCUGCUUUCGAAGGUGACCGCGUCCGGGCCAGGCAGGCGGCUCUCGAGAAACUCGCGCAGAUCGAGGCCGAAUACGAGGACAGCAAAUAG